AUGACGAAACACAGCAAAAACAACACCGCGUCCUCUAUCUUUUCUUACGCUGAAUACAAGAAGUUGGACUAUGGCACAAAACGACAACGUCUAGGGAACGAGUCCAUGCGUCGCUUCGAUGCGUGCGCACUGUGCUUGCAACGCGCGCGUGACCCCGUUGCGUGCCAGAAGGGCCACCUGUUUUGCAGGGAGUGCGUCUUGACGGACCUUGUGACCCAAAUCGGUGACAUAAAGAGGCAGAAGGUCAAGCUCGAGGCCCUCGAGAAAGAAGCGGAGGAGGAGCGCCAGCGGGCGAGGGAAGCAGCGCGGGAGCGCGUCCUGCGUGAAUUCGAGAAGGGCCAGCUCGGGCUCGCCGCCACCUCGACCGUCUCGACCGUCUCGGGACUCGACGGCUCAGCAGCCCGGGGGACGAAGCGCAAGUUCGACUUCGACGCGAGCGAGGUCGAGGGCCUCGCGCGCGAGGCGGAGGAGGCCGCGCUGCGCCAGAUCGAGCGCGAGCAGGCGGACGCGCUGAAGAGCAAGCUGCCCGACUUCUGGCUCCCGUCGCUCACGCCGACGUACGCCGGGCCCGCGGGCGCGGCGCCGACGAGCCUCGCGGACAUCAAGCUCCAGACAACGUGCCACGGGGGGCCGCCGCACCCGCUCGCGAGGAAGCAUUUGAUCGCGGUGAAGUGGUCGUUCGACACGUCGUUGGGGUCGGCGGGCAAGUCAGUAGAGGCGACCCCCGCAUCGACGGAAAGCGGGGAGAGCACCACGGCACCGAAGGGCGCGACGCGAGAAGAGGAGAAGCCGCCCAUUUGUCCGUCGUGCAAGAAGCAGCUGUCGAACAACACGCUCCUGCAUCUCAUGAAGCCGUGCGGACAUGUGACGUGCAAAACAUGUACAGAUACCCUUGUACGGCCGGCGAAGCAGUGUAUUCUAUGUGAUGUGAAGCUGGACAAGAAGGAUAUUAUUGACCUCACGAGAGAAGGAACUGGAUACGCGGCUGGCGGUCUCGCAGAGACAUCCAAGAAGGGUAUUGCUUUCCAGGGAUGA